AUGAUCAGGUGUGUAGAUCUAAUGGAAUUUGUUUAUUCAGAAUCAACUCUGUUUAACGUCGUAACAAGUACAUGUACAUAUAUAUGCCUUACUGCUUUUAAUACCACGACUAUGUAAGAUUUGACACUGGUAGUGCCUUUCUUACAAUUUUUUAUGAUGAGUCUUAUUCAGAUAUAUUUUCUAUGUUAUUAUGGAGAUAUGAUUAUUUUUUCGGGUACGAAAGUAGCUGAUGCAGCUUACAACAGUCAGUGGUACAGAGCUGAGACUUCAAUUGUAAAGGAUUUAAUGAUAAUUUCUGCUAGAGCUUGGAAACCGUCUAAAAUGACUGCAUUUGGAUUUUCCGACCUUAACUUCAAAACGUUCAUAUUACUAUUAAGCUCUUCUUGGUCGUACUUCGCUUUAUUGACUUCAGUUUACCGAGAUUAG